AAACAUUGAUACGGACACAUUAGUCCUUCUUCCCAACACCUUGUCCCACUAACAACCACCCUUUUCCCCUUCACUCACUCUCUCCAUAUAUAUAUAUACACACAUUUCCUCACUCUUCUUUUCUUCUUCUUCUUAACAUUAUUGCAUCAUCAAUAAUGGAGCUUCAACUCGCUCUUGCUCUCCCAAUCCCAACCAACCCCUCCAACCUCCUCCAUCUCAAUUCUACCCACAAAAAACGUACCUUCUCCCAACUCUUGGACCAUGCACCUCAAACUCUCACUCUCCUCCCUUUGACGCCAAACCACAACAUCACCAAGAAUGAUCAUGAUGAGGAUGUAGAAGCUAUAGUGGGUUGGCCACCCGUAAACUACUUGAGGAAGAAACUUCGUGUCGAUAAUUGUGGGGACGAGGUUGUCGGGAACAAUGAUCACAUGUUACGGCUUGAUCAUCAUCGUCAUCACGAUCAUGGUUCUGAUGGCGUUGUAGAAUCCAAAUCGAAUACUCUGUACGUGAAGGUGAAGAUGGAGGGCGUGGGAAUCGCACGGAAGGUUGAUCUCGGCAUGCACCAAUCGUUUCAGACGCUCAAGGAAACCUUGAUGGACAUGUUUGGAAAAUGCAAUCCACAAUCAAACACCUAUGAGCUGGCUUAUCAGGACAAAGAAGGUGAUUGGCUUCAUGCAGAAGACGUACCAUGGAGGAGCUUCGUUCGGUGUGCACGAAGACUCAAAUUGGUGAAGAGAAUUUUCAUCCACGGCCAAAAGAUUUCCUAUUUCUUCCGACCCCUGUGGGACAAUCCCCCUGCCCCCUUCACAAGCAUACCUCACUAUUAUGCAGAAAAUGUCUCGAUGGACCACCUUUGCCAUCUUCAUGGCUGGUCCCUUCGCUCCCAGCCUCGCCGCAUUUUUGAUGCCAUUAUCUUCAGCCAUGAGUUAGACAUGCUAGAUAUUAGAUGGCACGAACUUUAUCCUUAUGUAUCAAAGUUUGUGAUCCUUGAGUCCAACACUACAUUUACCGGCAUUCCAAAACGCCUCUAUUUUGCCUCAAACCAUGCAAGAUUUUCCUUUGCCAAACAAAAGAUUGUCCAUGACAUUUAUCCUGGCAGAGUUGCAGUCCCUGGAUCUAAUGAGGACCCAUUUGUGCUUGAGUCAAAACAACGUGGUGCUAUGAACGCGUUGUUACGCCAUGCAGGCAUUGCCAACGGUGACAUUCUUCUCAUGUCAGACACAGAUGAGAUUCCAAGUCCUCAUACUUUGAAACUGCUUCAGUGGUGUGAUGAGAUUCCUCCCAUAAUGCAUCUUGAACUGAGGCAUUACAUGUACUCAUUUGAGUUCCCAGUAGACUAUAGCAGCUGGCGCGCCAGUGCUCAUAUCUAUGGUCCCCGGACACUAUACCGGCACUCUCGCCAGACAGAUAUAAUCUUCUCAGAUGCGGGGUGGCACUGCAGCUUUUGCUUUCAGUACAUUUCAGAGUUUGUGUUCAAGAUGACUGCCUAUAGCCAUGCAGAUCGCGUGAAACGGAAAUCUUUUCUGAGUCAUUCAAGAAUUCAGAACAUCAUUUGCAAGGGUGAUGAUCUUUUUGAUAUGCUCCCCGAAGAGUACUCAUUCCAGGAGUUGAUUAAAAAGAUGGGGUCAAUACCUCGUUCAGCUUCUGCGGUUCAUCUUCCUGCAUAUUUGAUAGAGAAUGCAGAUAAGUUUAGGUUCCUUCUUCCAGGAGGUUGCUUAAGACCACCGGAAUAAAUGCCCCUUUUUAUCAAAGUAACAUGUAUCUUAGAUUUCUCACUUCACAUUUCACUUUUCCGGCAUAGGCUUUAGCUUUAGAUUUUGGUAGGAUACAUUGCAUAAUAUUAAGCUUCAUAAUUUUAUCAGUUCUUGAAUAUGAAGCAGCAGGUAUAAACAGAAGAUGAUGACACAGUAACAGUUACACAUUUCGUAGCUGUAAAAACUCAUUCCGCUCUCAUACUUUCUUGUAACGCGUAAUAUAUACUA